UUAACUAGUGGGAAGUCUAACAGAGAUUAAAAGACAAGGUCAGCCAGUGAUCUGACACACUCUGGUUUCAGGAGAGGCAAGGGGAACAAUCUGUCCAAGAAGGAUCUUACAAACCAAUGUCCAGUUAAGGCAGUUUGAAGAUGUUAUUCCUGGGAUAUUUUGUUUUGCUGGCAGUUGGACUAAACUGUAAUGCAGCACCAGUUCCCUGCGGUCCACCUCCAAGAGAUCCAGAGUUUGAACUUCAAGGCACGUUCCAAGAAUCGUAUCCUCCUGGUACAACAGUGACUUUUACUUGCAGACCUGGUUACAGUCGUCAAGGUUUUAUUAAAAAAACAUGUGCUGAUGGCAACUGGGAAUUUAUAGCUCGCGGAGUAUGUAAAAGGAAAUCAUGUGGCCACCCUGGAGAUAUCGAAUUUGGUACAUUUGACCUGAAGGAAGGGGAGGGAUUUGUAUUUGGUGCUGUAGUAGAAUACUCCUGUGAUGAAGGAUAUCAAAUGGUUAGUAAACAAAGAACAAGAGAAUGCACUGCAACUGGCUGGAGUCACUAUCCACCUCACUGUGAAGUACGAAAAUGUCCCCCUGUGGAGGCUGCUGCUGGAGUAAAAGUUAUAACUACUUCAUAUGAUGAUGAGGAGUUUUCAGUUGGACAGGUAGUAAAAUUUCAAUGCCAAAAUCCUAAACUUAAACUGGAUGGAUCAUCUGAGAUGUUUUGCACAUCAGAAGGGACAUGGAGUGCAGACCCUCCUCAAUGUACAACAAUUACUUGCAAAAAACCAAUGAUCACAAAUGGAAGAGUAGAAAAUCCUAAAGAAAUCUACAAUGAGGGUGAAAAACUACCUUUCAAAUGCAAUAAAAAAUAUAAACCAUACAGGAGUGAAGACGUGAUUUGCAAUGCAAAUGGUUGGAGUCCUGAGCCUUUAUGUGAAGACAUAAGCUGCUAUCCUGACUAUGUGGCAAAUGGUAAAGUAGAGAAGACUAAGGAAAUAUACAAGGAGGGUGACACCAUUGUUUUAAACUGUAAUUAUGGAUACCAAAUUGAAUUCUCUCCAAAUGAACCUCGAAAAUGCACAGCAAAUGGCUGGUUUCCUCCUCUAAAGUGCAUCAGUCAAACAUGUAUCCGUCCAGAGAUUGCAGAUGGACAGUUAUAUUAUUACAAUUAUUAUUUUCCAAAGCAAUUAGGAACAUAUAUCGAUUAUCGGUGUAAUGAUGGAUUUCGGCCACAGGGCAGAAAUUACUAUGGCAGAUCCAUUUGUACUGAAAAUGGAUGGAAUCCUAAACCCAAAUGUACAAAGACAUGCAGCAAGUACAAUGCACAAGUGGAAAAUGGAGAUCUUCAAAAUUCAGAUGAUUAUUACUUAGUUGGAGAGAAAGUACAGUUCUCCUGUAGACAAAGUUAUCUCACUAAAGACAAACAAAAAAAUGGGGAGAGAGAAUGCCUGCCCAAUGGCAAGUUUACUGAAGAUCAGUGCUCCAAGACAUGCAGCAGGUUCAAUGCACAAGUGGAAAAUGGAGUUCUUCAAAAUUCAGAUGAUUAUUACUUAGUUGGAGAGAAAGUACAGUUCUCCUGCAGACAAAGUUAUCUCACUAAAGACAAACAAAAAAAUGGGGAGAGAGAAUGCCUGCCCAAUGGCAAGUUUACUGAAGAUCAGUGCUCCAAAUUCUGUGAUGUUACUCAGUUACAUGUUGGAAAGUACGAACCAGAUAAAAAAAUCUUUGUGGUUGGAGAAACUCUGCUAUUUGAAUGCAACAACGGAUUUGUUAUUGCAAGUGGAAAAACCUCAACAAGUAUUCAAUGUCUUCAAACAGGAUGGUCAACCGUCCCACGAUGCAUCGAAUACAAAUGUGUGGUAGAAGGUAGUAAUCUGAUAUCUCAGAGAAGAGACUAUAAGAUUGGUGAAGUCGCGCAGAUUUCAUGCCCACCUGACUACACAUUGAAAGGAUCAGAACUCAUCCAGUGCUAUAACAACGGAUGGGGACCAGAGCUGCCGAAAUGUGAACAAGAAAUAAAGUGCACCCUUCCAAGAUUCCAAGAAAGUAAUCUGGUCAAGAAACCCAACCAGCUUGUUUUCAAAGUUAAUGAGGAAGUAUCAUUGUCCUGUCACAAAAACUUAUUUUUAAAUGGAGCAAAUCGUAUCCGUUGUACUUCUGAUGGCUGGGUUCCAACUUUACCAGUUUGUCAAAAGGAUACUCCUAAACCACAUGAAGUUGAUGAACAGCCUGGAAAAGUCUGUACUAUUCCAAAUAUAAAUACUCUCAUAAGAAGUCCUCAUUAUACCAGUUAUGUGGUUGGCAAGGAAGUUCAAUUCUCUUGUCACAACAACUUUCAAAGAAUUGGAAAUAGAACAAGUAUUUGCACCCAAGAUGGGUGGAAACCGGAUCUGCCAACUUGUCAAGCUGAAAAUCCUGAGCCUACACAACCUUCUACUGAAAGUGCAACUCAAGAGAAAAGACAAAAAUGUCCACCAGCGCACAGCCCAAUCAAUGCUGAGAUCAAAAAUCCAAAGGCUGAGUAUUAUAGCGGUGACACAGUAGAAAUUGAGUGUUCACCUAAGUAUAUUCUUAAUGGUGAUCGUAUAAUCCUUUGUAAGGAUGGAAAAUGGCAAUCUUCUCCUCAGUGCAUUCCUUUACAAAAGUGUCCCAAGCCACCGAUUAUAAAAGAUGGGGAGAUUACUGAAGAAACAAGAAAGAGUGAAUAUUUCACGGAUGACAUUGUGAAGUACAGUUGUAACCCUGGUUUCCACAUCACUGGGUCAGAUGAAAGUCGAUGCACAGAAAGAACAUGGUUGGCCGCUCCGCAAUGCUCUGAGGACCCAUGUGGCCCCCCUCCAAGUGUAACCAACACACGAGUUCUUUACAAAAAAAAACAAUACAAGCAUGGUGAAUAUGCACAAUAUGUGUGUGUGAAUAACUACAAAAUGACUGAAGAGAAACCAGCAACGUGUCUUGAAGGAAAAUGGUGGCAUGUCCCUACUUGUGUUUAUAUCUCGUGUUCACCACCACCUGAAAUUGAAAAUGGAGUGCUUACCGGUAAAAAAAAGGAUCAAUAUGCAUCUGGUGAUAAAGUGCGAUAUAGAUGCAACAAUGGAUAUGCUUUUGAGAAAAAAACAAAUGAUAAAUCUGAAGCAAUUUGUGAAGAGACACAAUGGAAAUCUAUACCUGUUUGUCGAAAAAUAGGAGAGCCCUGCGGCCCAGCCCCUGUUGUACAAUAUGGAGACUAUUUAGGACCGAAACAAAAUUAUUAUAAAUCAGGAUAUACUAUGCAGUAUAAGUGUCCAAAUUUUUAUAAAACUGAAGGAGAAACAUCGGUUAGAUGUGAGAAUGGAGUAUGGGGAGACCCACCAGUCUGUCUAGGUAAGUGUGAUUUGACUUCUAGUUGA